AUGAGUGUAGCUAGACCAGCUCCGUAUUGCAUCUCUGGCGACCCAGCGUUGGGACCCCGGGAGUACGGGGGCAGAGUGAAACGGCUGCCGCGACCGCGAGGACAGGUUGUGGAGUCGGUCCCCGACGGGGUGGAGGUGUUGCAGCACUACCGCAGCAUCGACAGCUCUUGGGAGCGCUCAGCAGUUGCAGCAGCUGGCUGUUUGCCUGCUUUGUCUCCCUCUUCAGUGAUAACGCAGCUGACAAGAAUAAUGCCGAACAACUCAAUUGUUUUGAAAAUCGUGGACAUAUUUGACCUCGAACUUUCUGUAGUCCCUGAGCUCUUCGCGGCCUGCAGAGAAAAGGGCCUCAAGGCAAUAUGGGUUGUGAACCGCGUCGACUGCCUUCCUAAACACACCGAUAUGAAUCAAGUUAAACAGUGGGUACGGCGAAUGGUGCGGCAAAUCCGCAACGUGCACAUCGAUGACUGCGUCCUCGUCUCCUCUGCUACAGGCUACGGCUUCGAUAACCUCGAACGGCGCAUCGGCGAGCUGCUGUCAGAAGACUCGUACAGUGCCUCUGAUUCAAAAUCAGAGGCAGCAACAAACCCCAGGGGAAGCAACCAACUUCAGGACAUAGAAGGGCGAUUUAUGUUUGUUGUGGGGCGGGUCAACGCGGGCAAAUCUACUUUUGUUAACCGUUUCCUCAAAUUCGUCGGCUAUAAACACUUUGGAACUCUGUUCAUGAAACGUGCUGUCGGCGGCGCCACGCGUUCUCCUCUUCCAGGCACCACUUUAGAUCUGAUUCCGUUCGGUUUGCCGAAAGGUUUCAAGCUCAUAGACACCCCAGGCAUUCCUUCCCAGCAUCAGGCAAGAAUAAGCCCUGUUACAAGCUUUAGGAUACGUGGUUUAGCGUUUAGGAUGGCCAGCGUGUUGCUCCACGGAGGUGAUCUGCUGUCAGUCGUGCCUACCAAACGAAUUCAGCCCCUGACAUUCGCUUUAACAGAAGGAAAGACAAUUUUAAUUGGAGCGCUGGCUCGCGUAGACCUUGUGCAUGGCAACACGGCACUCUGCACCUGCUACUUCAGCCACAAAGUCACCUUGCACAUCUGCAGGACGAGCAAGGCAGAAGACCUGUUGAAGCGUAAGGCGGGUGUCUUUCUUUACCCUCCUCAUAUGCCUGAAGACUUCAACCGCCUCCAACCCCUAGUGCGCCACAGAGGCGAAGUUGACGCGCAGCCUGCUUGA